GGAGGAGGAGUGGAGGAAGGGGAGGCGCCGCGGCCAUCCCGGGGCGCCGCAUCGCUGCGUGCGCGGAGCCGCCCGCUGCAGCCGGCAGGAUGAUCGCCGCCCAGCUCCUGGCCUACUACUUCACCGAGCUCAAGGAGGACCAGGUCAAAAAGAUCGAUAAAUACCUUUACGCCAUGCGGCUCUCUGACGAAACUCUGAUAGACAUCAUGGCUCGCUUCCGGAGAGAAAUGAAGAACGGCCUCUCCAGAGAUUUUAACCCAACAGCUACAGUGAAAAUGCUCCCUACCUUUGUAAGGUCUAUUCCUGAUGGCUCAGAGAAAGGAGAUUUCAUCGCUCUGGAUCUCGGCGGUUCUUACUUUCGAAUUCUGCGGGUGAAAGUAUCGCAUGAAAAAAAGCAGACAGUACAAAUGGAAAGUGAAAUUUAUAAUACACCUGAAGAUAUCAUGCAUGGCAGUGGGACACGGCUUUUUGAUCAUGUUGCUGAAUGCCUGGGAGACUUUAUGGAGAAACAACAAAUCAAAGACAAGAAGUUACCAGUUGGGUUUACCUUUUCUUUCCCGUGCAGACAAUCUAAGCUGGAUGAGGGUAUUCUGAUAACCUGGACAAAGCGCUUCAAAGCGAGCGGAGUGGAGGGAGCAGAUGUUGUGAAGCUGCUUAACAAGGCCAUCAAGAAACGUGGGGACUACGAUGCAGAUAUCAUGGCUGUUGUAAAUGAUACCGUUGGGACUAUGAUGACCUGUGGUUUUGAUGACCAACGUUGUGAAGUUGGCUUGAUCAUUGGCACUGGCACCAAUGCCUGUUACAUGGAGGAGAUGCGGCACAUUGACCUGGUGGAAGGGGACGAGGGCAGGAUGUGCAUAAACACAGAAUGGGGGGCCUUUGGUGAUGACGGCUCACUAGAAGACAUCAGGACAGAGUUCGACAGAGAGAUCGACCGUGGAUCCCUAAAUCCUGGCAAGCAACUGUUUGAGAAGAUGGUCAGUGGAAUGUACAUGGGGGAGCUGGUGAGGCUUAUCCUGGUGAAGAUGGCCAAGGAGGGACUGCUCUUUGAGGGAAGAAUCACCCCUGAGCUUCUCACCAAAGGAAAGUUUGAGACAAAGCAUGUUUCUGCCAUUGAAAAGAGCAAAGAAGGUUUGAAUAAAGCCAAAGAAAUCUUAACCCGGCUGGGGGUGGAGCCGUCCCACGAGGACUGCAUAGCAGUCCAGCACGUCUGCACCAUCGUGUCCUUCCGCUCGGCCAACCUGGUGGCCUCCACGCUGGGUGCCAUCCUCAACCAACUGCGGGAUAACAAAGGGGUUGGCCGCCUGCGCACCACUGUGGGCGUCGAUGGCUCCCUCUACAAGAUGCAUCCACAGUACGCUCGGCGCUUGCACAAAACCACCCGGCGCCUGGUGCCUGACUCAGAUGUGCGGUUCCUGCUGUCAGAGAGCGGCAGUGGGAAAGGGGCAGCGAUGGUGACGGCGGUGGCGUACCGGCUGUCGGAGCAGCACCGGCUCAUCGACGAAACGCUGGCUGAGUUCAAGCUCACCCAUGAGCAGCUCCUGCAGGUGAAGAAGAGGAUGAGGACAGAGAUGGAAGCAGGCCUGAAGAAGAAGAGUCAUGAGACUGCCAAAGUGAAAAUGCUGCCCACCUUUGUCCGCAGCACACCAGAUGGCACAGAGAACGGAGACUUUCUGGCACUUGACCUCGGAGGGACAAACUUCAGAGUGUUGCUGGUGAAAAUUCGCAGUGGUAAAAGGAGAACAGUUGAAAUGCACAACAAGAUCUAUGCAAUUCCUAUAGAGGUGAUGCAGGGAACGGGAGAAGAGCUGUUUGACCACAUCGUUACCUGCAUUUCCGACUUCCUGGAUUAUAUGGGAAUAAAAGGUGCACGGCUUCCUCUUGGCUUCACGUUCUCCUUCCCUUGCAAGCAGACCAGUCUGGACGCUGGUAUCCUUCUCAACUGGACAAAAGGAUUCAAAGCUACAGACUGUGAAGGAGAAGACGUCGUGUAUUUGCUAAGAGAAGGAAUUAAAAGAAGAGAGGAGUUUGACUUGGAUGUAGUAGCUGUAGUGAAUGAUACAGUGGGCACAAUGAUGACUUGUGCUUAUGAAGACCCAAACUGUGAAAUCGGACUCAUUGUGGGAACUGGCAGCAAUGCCUGUUACAUGGAGGAGAUGAGAAACAUAGAGAUGGUGGAUGGUGAGCAAGGACGGAUGUGUGUGAACAUGGAGUGGGGAGCGUUCGGGGAUAAUGGAUGCCUGGACGAUAUCAGGACAAUAUAUGACAAAGCAGUUGAUGACUAUUCACUAAAUGCUGGAAAGCAAAGGUAUGAGAAGAUGAUCAGUGGGAUGUACCUGGGGGAAAUAGUCCGCAAUAUUUUGAUUGACUUCACCAAACGAGGGUUCCUGUUCAGAGGGCAGAUCUCAGAGACACUGAAGACCAGACAUAUCUUUGAAACCAAGUUCCUUUCACAGAUUGAAAGUGACAGGUUAGCCUUGCUUCAGGUGCGAACCAUUCUUCAGCAGCUGGGGCUCAACAGCACAUGUGAUGACAGUAUCAUUGUCAAGACAGUGUGCGGAGCGGUGUCGAAGCGAGCAGCUCAGUUGUGUGGUGCUGGAAUGGCUGCAGUUGUAGAUAAAAUUAGGGAGAACAGAGGCUUAGAGCACCUGGAGAUAACGGUUGGUGUGGAUGGGACUCUGUACAAACUACACCCACACUUUUCGAGGAUUAUGCACCAAACAGUCAAAGACCUGGCACCCAAGUGUGAUGUGACUUUCCUGCUCUCAGAAGACGGCAGCGGGAAAGGGGCAGCGCUCAUCACAGCAGUGGGAUGCAGGCUUCGUGAUGCCGAGCAGAACUGAACUCCACAACCCUGGCCUUGAGUCUGUCUCGUGAGCACCUUCUCCUAAAGCAGCGACUGCGUAGUCUGAACUGGUUUAAAAAAAAAUAAAAGAAAGAAAAGAAAGAAAACAGCAGAACUCACUGCUUUAUCGGGAAAAAAAAAUGCAACUAAUGACAUAAAAAGAAUAGGAUUCAAGAUAGAAUGUGUGCUGUUAAUAAUAUCUCCUGUUUAUGGACCCCAAUCUGCAUGUUUCUUAUUCACCUUGUUGGUACCUUUCCCAUCUGUAGGUCAUGGACAAAACUGGUCUAUAAUUUCCGCAGUUACAAAACAAUUGGUUGUUGUCCGAGAUGAAAUUCCCCCCAGUUGAUGUGCGUUGAGAUCUGCCACUGCGUCGUACCGAGUGUGACCUUUGCAGCUUCCCUGUGAAGUGCACUGCCAGCACGCUGACCACCAUGCCUGGGUGCUGAUGCUUUCUGUGAAAGGGAAGCAACAGUUCCCUCCCGCAGAUCUACCUGCUGUUGUUUUGUUUAAGGCCACUUUGGAAGAAUUGCGGUGUGUCGGCGCUGUGCACGCACGUAACUCUAUAGUGGGAUUUGACAACGCGACUUACUUGCUUUCUUGAUGCCUGUUUUGUCAUGGUAAAAUUAAAGUAAACGCCCUUGUCCCACUGUUCUGGUUCCACUGGUAUUUCCCCUUGCUUCUGUGAACGGUGUUGUGUUACUGAGCAAAAUCUGUAACAUUUUGGCACGAAAUCCCUACGGAGUCCAACAAAGCAGCUGGUGAUUGGGGUAAUCCAAAUCUUCAGACCUGGGAAAUGAGUAAACCUCUGGUCCCUGGGCUGUGCUGACCUUCAUCUGUUUAAAGAGUUCUUAGGAAAGUUAUUUUUUAUUUCUUCUCAUUAGUUUAGCUCAGGGUGUGCGGCUGCCCUCCUAGGAAUCUGCAGCUCAGUAGUAUUGCUCAGACGCGUACUUCUGCCUCUCGCCUUAAAUGGGUAUUUGCUUCCACACAAAGCUUUAAUCUUUAGUACUGUUAAGCAGGCACUCAGAACACGAGCAUUCAGCUAGAGCUAAUGACCAGAAAGGAACAUGAGGGCUUCGUUUUAUCCUUGACAUUGAGGACCUAAACAAACCACAAAGACAACAUCAGGCCCGGCUUAUUCCAAGGACUAAAGCAAUGACAAAGAUCGUGUACACUUGGUGCAUCCUGCCCUCUGUCGAGUUCGAGUCGGUGCCAUUACUGUAUCUGCACAGCAGUCAGUUGCAUUACUUACACUGAGAAGCAGUUAGGAAGGCAAAAGCUAAAUAACACUUGCCAGUCGCUCUGCUUUCUGCAAAGAGGGAGACCACGCAGCAGCGCUGAAUUCCCACUCUUCUACCAAAAUACAUGUGAAGUCUCAGCAUGGUUCUCCCCACUCUCUUCUCCCGCAGAAAGUAGCUGUCAGCGUGCGGGCUGUUCCUCUUCGUCCUCUUGCCACCCGUAAGAUUUGGAUUGCCCUACCUAUCGAUAACAUUUCAAUAUGCGUUAUGGUGCACUGUGAGUGAAUGUUGUAAAGUAACAUGUGAGUCACAAACAGUCAUUGCAGCUUUAAGUGUGUCUACCUGAAAAAUUGCAUGCCUGACUGGUUUUGCAAAGGUAGAGAGUCUUUUUAUUUUGCACACUAGUAGCUCUGAUACUAGUGUUACAUGGUAUUUGUGACAAUAUUAAACUUUCUGAUGUGUGUUA